AUGGAAAUUUCUAAAGUGUUUGACAACUACAAGGACCAGAACAAUGUUCUUAAGGGCAGAAUGUUCAUUAAAAUGUUCAAGGACGCAAAUCUAAUUAGUUCAUCUUCUGAAACCAAUAACCUUGAUUUGAUUUUCACCAAAUACAAAUCCAAAUUUUCUGGAAUAAAUUAUGAUCAAUUCUUGAAGUCACUAAAAGAUGUCUCGAAGGUUCUGAAUAUGGAACCUUCUGAGUUAGAACUAAAGUUGAAAAGAACAAAUGGGCCAAUUUACAAAGGAACUGAAACUCAGCCAGUAAGACUCUACGAUGAUAAGAGCCUAUACACAGGCGUUCAUCUACACGGAGGACCGAGAAUAAUUGAUAAAUAA